GAUGACCCAGACACACUGAGGGCGGAAAUGUCCUGUGGGCAUGCUGUCACUCCACAGUCUCUGACCGCUUGGUGUCGAAGUCUCCUUGAUAAGGGUCAGUAUAAGUUCAUGUGUCCGGCUCUGAAGGAUGGAACCAUAGAGCAGUGUGGGACGGAGUGGUCCUACCAGGAGGUUCGGAAACUGGCACUGCUGACAGACAGCGAGCAGAGACAUUUCGAGGAGACUAUGGCAGCUCUGGCUGCUGCAGAGUUCUGCGAAUAUAAGUCAUGUCCCGGGUGCCAGUCAUUUGUGGAAAGGGAAGACUUGACCAAUCUGAAUGUACGCUGCACGGUCUGCACUGCUGAGAUGGGCCGAACCUAUGAAUUCUGCUGGCAGUGCCUAAGGCAGUGGAAAGGGCCUGGGCCACGAUCCGACCGCUGCGACAAUGAUGGCUGCACCAACAAGGAACUGGACCUGCUGCAGAAAUGCUCCAUGACUAUCCUGCCAGAAGUGCAGAACGUGCAGUGCCCCUCCACACGCGCCUGUCCCACCUGUGGCGUACUGAUCGAGCAUGACAAGAGUGGCUGCAAGAACAUAAUCUGCUGGAGGUGUCAGAAGGAGUUCUGCUUCGUCUGUCUGAAGCUCACCCCUGAGUGUCUGCAGACCAGCACUCACUUUAAACCCUGCUCUGAUGGUGUCGCCCCCAGGCAGACAUCAAUGCCUACCUGGAAACGAAAUUAGAUACAUUUCCAGUUAAUUCACUCUCCCCACACACAAAUUAUACAUUUGCUGCUUCAUCUUUGUUCUGUAGCAUAUAACUUACAAUAUAAUCUAGUUAUGUCUGUUUGCUCUGUCUGCAAAUGAAUUAUUUGAUUGGUUAAGCGAUUUUUUUGUAUGAGUUGCACCUUUUCAUUGUCAUAUAUUAUCAGAUCCACAAAUUUGUAAGCUACAAUUUAAUAAACAAUUAUCCAGACGA